AUGUACAUGAAGAAGAUUCAUUUGCUGCCUCUUUUGGAAGCUUCUUUGAAAAAAAUUGGGGCUGGGGUCAAUGUAAUAUGCGAGAAUCGGUCAGUGGAAAAGGUAAACGACAAUCCAGCUCCCAAUACUCGAGGCGAUGAGCGAAUAUUGGAGCCGUCACGUAGGAAUACUGACUGGUUACAGCCACUGUAUGAUGUUGUUGUUGGUCCCAUUGAAGACUUGCUUAAUUGUGACGAACUUAUUGUAGUCCCUGAUGGUGCUUUGUCUUUAGCUCCAUGGGCAGCCCUAAGUGAAUCUUUAAGGAUCCGUACUGUUCCCUCGCUAGCAAUUUUAAAACUGAUCACUGAUUCUGCAGCUGAUCACCACGCUAAAGAUGGAGUCCUGCUUGUUGGAGAUCCAAGUCUUUAG